AUGACUGUGGCAUCUGUUCCUACCGAUGUGGAUGUGGUGCCGGAGGAUGUAAACGUCCUUGUACCCAAGGAGGAUGCACCUGGCCCGCAACCCUGGCAAUCCAUGAAGAUCCUGUGCUUCACGUGGAAUAUGGGUGAUGCCAAGCCAGAGGAGGAGGAACUAGAGCACUGGCUGCCAAAGAAGGGAGGCGACUAUGAUCUUGUAGCUGUUGGAGUUCAGGAGUGCAGCUAUGAUCCGGGCAGCAGCCCGUCUCGCAACCCGAAGCGCCGGAAGUCCUUGAAAGGCAGUGGCAAGGUUCAGCUUCCGAUGCUCUCCGGGGCAGUGGAAGAGGCCUGGCACACUUUGGGUAGUAGUCCCCGCUCCAGCGACAAGAGCCCUGAGCGGCGAGUCCGGGAUGUCCGGGAGGAAGCCUUCAAUUUCCAUUGGGAUGACAUCCUGGCAGAAAGGCUUGGGGAUGGAUUUACAAGGGUGCAGCAGGUGGUCCUCAUGAGCAUGCGCCUCCUCGUUUUUGCUCGGACGGAGUACUGUGAUGGCACCUUCGAGUGGUGUGGUGGCCCCCUGGUGCACUCCGUGCAGCAAACAUACUCGGCAACAGGCUUGAUGGCCGGCACUGUCGGGAACAAGGGCGGUCUUGUGGUGACGUUGCAAUUUGGGCCGACCCGGCUGUGCUUCGUAAGCUGCCACCUAGCUGCCCACCUCAGCGCGGGAGAGAAGCGCAACAGCGACUGCCGGGAGAUACUGCAGGAGACAUGGCCAGUGUGUCAUCCCGACUUGGACCUCUCCUGCGAGUUCGACCACUGCUUUUGGUUUGGGGAUCUGAACUACAGGCUUGACCUGGCCAUGUCUGACCUCAGAGACCUCCCAACGGUUGCUUUGGGCAAGGCAAAGCCCACCUCGGGCAAGGAGAUUCCGACAGGGCCUUCAACCUUGUCGGCUCCGUCAAACCCCUCCAGGCCCGAUCACUUCACCGCCAUCCUGGACAUGGUCGAGGCAGAGCUCUAUGAUGAGCUGAUGCGCCAUGACCAGCUAAGGCUCUACCGGCAAGCAGGGAAGGCCUUCGUGGGAUUCCAGGAGGGCAACCCGAGCUUCCCUCCGACCUUCAAGGUUGAAAGAGCCAGUGGCACAAAGCACCAAGAGGAGAGAACUCCUUCUUACUGUGAUCGCAUUCUCUGGAAAUCCUUGGACUCCUUAGAAGGCUGCGUUACCCAGCAGACAUUGGCGUCACCAGCGGAGGUGACCACCAGCGAUCACAAGCCGGUCUUUGCACGUUUUAAAGUGGAAGCGCCUGCUUCUCUCGGGCAGCUUUUCCAGAAGCAGCUCUCGCCAGACAAAUUUCCGGCUGUGCAGGUGACCCACCUAAAAGCACGAGGUGUGCCCUCUGGACAAGGAGCAAAGUUCCGUGUGCUCUUCAUCGUAACACCGCUGGAGCUGAACACCGCGAGAUAUGAAAGUGCAGUGAGGCAGAUGCGUGAGCCAACAUGGAGGGCGGAUGAGCUGCCUGUCUUGCGGCCCGCAGCAACAUGCCAGGACGAGUUGAACAGCUGUUCUGUGAUUCUUGUCCUGUACAACAAGAACGUCAGGCUAGGUUCCGUAGGUUUGCGCUUUCCUGGAUACGACUCUUCCCACACUCUGUCUGGGCAGCGCUUUCACUUGGAUUUCGACAAGCCUAUUGUGAACAGGAAGUCCAAGGACGUUGCCAUAGUUCCUUAUGCCCACAUCACUACCUGUCCGGCUCCGUUCCUGGAUUUUCCCGUCCUUGCCCAUCCGUUGCUGCAAACGCCCAAGGAGACCCGCUGCCCACUUUGCAACGAGGAGUUGGUUGAGGUGCUGCUCACCAACAGGCGCGAUGCAUCCUUCGAUCCGAAGGAUGUCCUGGGACUUAACUAUGAAGUUCCCUGGACGUACUUCGGUGACGACACGAUCCGUCGAGCUGCCGGGCAGCUACUGGGCUAUCGAUGCCAGAUGGAGGGCUGCGAGAAGCGAGACGUUGCCUUCAACACUCUGAAAAAGUUAGAGGAGCACCUUUGGCACUCGCACUGGCGACAGCUUUGCAAUGUCUGCUUGCAUCACAGGCCGGCAUUCGUUUGUGAACAGCGGGCCUAUGCGUCGAACGACAUGGAGCGCCAUUUUCGGGAAGGAGACGCCGCAUUCAUGUCGACGGAGCAUCCGACCAGCUCAGCAGCAAGUGUUCCUCCUCAUCCCAAGUGCGAAUUUUGCGGUCAGAGGUUCUUCAACGAUGAGAGCCUUCUGGCACAUAUGCAGAUGAAGCACGGGGUUUGCAAUCUUUGUGACUCCAUGGGAUGGAAGAACGAGUACUACUUGAACCCAAAGUGCCUUUCGCGCCAUUAUCAGGAAUGCCACUACGUGUGCGCUCACCCGGACUGCGCGACUGGCGGUUACAGGCAGAUCGCUUUCGCGGAUGAGAAGGGCCUCGAGGAUCACUACAUCAGAGUCCAUAAGCAGACCUUUGUGCAGGAGAAGGGCAAGAACAAGCUGGAAAUCAACUGGUUCCAGGACUCCAGCCGGCAUCGAGGAAAAGGCUCAGGCCGGGGGUCACUGGAGGACGUGGAUCCGGUACACUUCCGAUGGCCGUGGCGGGACGGCAACUUCAAGCGCUACCCCCGCCGUGACAUCAUUCCUCUUGCCAUCAAGGGCAGCGAAGCUGGAGGCUGGCGAGCGAAGGAUCCCGAAGGGGGCGGAGAUGUAGAACAAAAUGGUAGCGGCGAUCUCGAGUCCGAGCAGGUGGAAGUGCCUCUGCAACCAGGAACUGCUCCGGAGGAUGCAACUGCGAAGAGAGGAGCUGAGAAGAAGGAGCCAGAGAAGAAAGAGCAGGCACUACUUCCUGCCAUGGAAGCUCUGGGCAUCGAGUGUGCGGUUGCCAGCGAUGGACCGCGCAGCGGGGCUCCGAGCUGCCUCAGCGCCUUAUGGGGAGCUCUGUGCGCCAUUCUGACGGAGGACGACCAAGAAGACCGCGACACGGUGCUCUUACCCGUGGUUCAGAGGCUCAAUGCCGCGGAGGUGGAAAACCUGGAGAGCAUGCGGAUUCAUCUGCAUGACUGCCCUGGUGAUCCCGGCGCAGCGGAGCACAGCAUCGACUGGGCUCCCCUGGAGCGGUUAUUGAGUCUACGCCCGCUGCUGUUCAGACUCUUGCGUGACAAGACCAACCAGACCAAGGCGAACAACUCGUCCGGCUCCAAUCGUCGUCUGAUUGGGCCAAGGCAGGGUCCAGCUGCUGACCACGAGCAGGACGAGGCAAAGGCCUGGCGCGAGUGGAAGGUUGCAGCGCAGGCGGUCAUCCUGGCUAUGGAAUCCAAGGCUCAACAACGCGUGCUGCGUUAUGUGGCGCUGUGUGUACAGAGACGAACAGCGCUUGACAACCGGGACGCGGGCGUCCCGGAUUGGGAGGAUGAGGAGAACUUGCAGCAGGAUUUCCCAUCACUUGGGGAGGCACCGGUCCAAAACUCUGGCGCAGAAGUCAGCUCUCUCGCACGCCAUGCGCGAGGUUGGUCCGACAUCGCGGCCGGUCAGGCGCGUGAGGUGAGCGCCCAGGUGGAGCAAUUUCCGGCAUUGGGAGGGGCGGCGGGCCCUGCGACUGCGACGGUGGCCAGUUGGGGCCCUGGCCAGAAGACCCCAGCACCGUCUCCAGCACAGGCUGCAGGCCGGCCAGGCGAGAACGGGCACCAGGGCCCGAACGCUGCCGAUCGUGUUCGAGGCAAAAACUUGCUGGACACAGGGGCGGAGGCAUUCCCAAGCUUGGGUGGGAGCAGCGUGCCCGUUGCUGAGAACGUGAAGUGGGGAGU